GGAAUUCCAACAGAUGGCUGAGAAACUUCAGAAGCGCUUGAUUAGAGUGUCUUCCUGCACCAACACAGAACACACUCUACUGUGAAUUGGGAUAACCUGCCAGAGGCAUCAGCACAAUGCCAUCCGACUUCCUAACACCGUUUUUGGAACUGGAGGAUGAGUUCUGCAAGAAUUUCCGUGGUCUGGACAUGCCAUAUGACGCACCAGCCACCACUCAGAUGCAGCGCGUCGUGGGAUUUCAGCGCAGACACUCACUAUGCCCCGUUACCCUGCCCAACUCAAAGUUCAACAGCGGCAGCGUGGACCCAAUCGGCGACCCAGCAUACUGGGCCCUUACUAACACUGCUAACCAGCAGUGGAGCCUGAAACACCAGCAACAGUUGCCCCGUUCCUCUCUCAACCACAUCCCAUUCCGUGUGGACCGUUCGGUCAGCAUGAUAGAGGGCCAUGUUGGCAGCCUCGGGUCCAGCGAGCAGCAGCUCCCCACCACCCCUCCUCUGAUGCCCCCACCCGGCCUAAGUAUCAGCACCAGCUCCCUGUCAUCUCCAAAGUCCCUCGCCCCCUCCCCUCCCAUCUCCACCCGGUACAAAACCGAAAUGUGCCGCACUUACGAGGAGAGUGGCACCUGCAAAUACGGAGCCAAGUGUCAGUUUGCCCACGGCAUGGAUGAGCAGCGUGGCUUGAGCAGGCACCCGAAGUACAAAACCGAGCCUUGCCGCACGUUCCACACUAUUGGCUUCUGCCCCUAUGGCGCGCGAUGUCACUUUAUCCAUAACGCAGACGAGCAGCUCGGGCCGGAUGGCGGAGCGCCACCUCAGCGACAAAAUACGACAGAACGCCCACAGCUGCUGCGUCACAGCAUCAGUUUCGCUGGCUUCUCCUCUCCUCAAGCGCUGACCGGAUUCCAACUCGUUCCAGAACCCAUGCUGUUCUCCAGGGCCUCCUCGGUAUCAUCCCCGCCCUCCACAGGUAGCCCAGAAUUGCUGUCCCCAUUGUUUCCAGAGCCUGCUACACUGAAGCACAACUAUCCGUUCUCGUCUGACUUUGGAAACGACCAGAUUAAUAACAACCCUCACUUUUAUACUAUCACUGACUCUAAGUGCCAAACUGUCUGUGUGCAAAAGUCAGCUGUACAGAACUCUCACCGCAAUGCCUUCUCAUUCAGCCGCAUGCCUGCCAUGCAGCGUUGUGCUUCACCUGACUCUCUCUCUGACCAGGAAGGCUACACCAGCUCCAGUAGCCUGAGUGGUUGUGAGUCCCCUGGCCUUGAGGGCAGACGUCUCCCCAUCUUUAGCCGUCUCUCUGUCACAGAUGACUGAACUUUGACUGCAUAUUGUUUUUUAUUUUAUUAUAAGGUACACGUAUACUGUUGUAUACCCGUUUUAGCUACUAUGGGUGCCUCAACAAGCUUUACAGUAUCCGUGAUGUCUUUGCUGAGAGAGUUCUGUUGUGGAAUUUUCUGUACCCAUUUCGAAAAAAAAACAUGCCAGUAAUGAUAAUUUUGGGCUUGGUAUAAGGACAAACCUAUUGUGCACACAUGUGCUUUUUACAACAUCAAUGGUUCUCCUUGUAGCCUUGCCCUUUAGUGUGUAACCAAAGCUGAAUAUAGUAUAUUGUCUUGUAGGCAGAGUAAAUGUUGAAACUUAUCCCAAAAUGUAGCUUGGUCUACUGUAAUUUUUUUAGUAAAGGCAACUAAUUGACAGUAUUAUCAAGUAGUCUAACCAUAUGGCUUUUUGGAGAUGUAUUUAUUUUGUAUGUUUUGCAGAGUUUGUUUAUGAUUGUGUUAUGCAUUUGUAUAUGAUGCAGAAGAAUAUGCUUUACUAUUCGCUUUGUUUGAGCUAUCAUGUAGCUUUAGAACUUUGCAUUGCUUGAGUGUAGACACUGCAAGGACCAUGUCCACCACCAUCUCGUUAUGCCAGUGAAAACAAUACUUGUGUUACAAGUUACCUUGUUCAAUCAGUAAAUAUACGUAUUGCCCUCACCGGUCAUAAUAAGAUGCUACAGAGAAUGUGUUAGGUCUUUCAUAUGUUCUAACCCAACAAGUGCAUUUCAGCAUUUAGUUUGGGUUCAACAUUUCAACAUUCAAGUUCAAGUUUCAAAGCCCCUGAAACAUUAGUCCAUUUUUGCUUACUCAGUGAGACAGGAUUCUCAUACACCAUUUUGUGACUGUUUAUAUCAUAUUAUAAACAUGAUUUGUGGUGUUAUGUGAGGUAAUAACAUAGGCAAACAAUGUUGCCACAAUGACAAUGAAUGAGUAAUAUGGGUUACAUCAACAUGUUGGUCUCUUGCACACUAGCUGUUAUUACUACGUGUAUUUUAUCUUACAAUGAACUUGUCUUUUGCGAGCCAAGAGUUUAUUUUGUAGCUCAUCUACAGCAAGAAAGGACUGUGAUUGUCUUUACUUUUAGCCUUAACUGUGAUGGAAAAACAAACAAGGCUUUGCAUUUGUUAAAUUAAAACUUAUUUAUUUUGUUUUUCAAAGCAAAAAUGAUAGUGUUGGUUAUAUAUUAUGUUGUUUUCUAUAUAAUUUAAGUGUGUUGUUUACAUUCCAUGGGAUAUUAAUCCCGGUUUCUAUCUUAAUAUAUUUUUACCUGUUCGGUUCAAAAUAAAACUCUUUUGGAAAUCA